AAGCGGCCGUGUCGUUUCGAAUAAGGAUCACGUGGCCGGAAGGCGAGCUUUUCUAUGGCAACGGGGGGGAUGGCGGUGCCGCGCUGGGUGCUGCGGUGCUGCUCCUGCCUCCGCUUCCAAGUGCAGCAGGCCAAGCGGAGCGGGAAGUGGAGCUGCAGCGUGUGCGGGCAGCGGCAGACGGUGCAGAAGGUUUACGGCCAAGGGUCUGGCUUGGACUGCAGGCGUCAUGUCCAGAAGCUAAACUUGCUGCAGGGUGAGGCGGAGGAAGCAAUCGGUUGGACAUUUCGGUACAUAGAAGAAUCCAUAAAUGACAGCAAAAAUACAGGAGCCCAACAUGAAGACAGUUUGGUCCAGCAGGAGGGAAGGGCAGAAGUCAGUCGCUGGAGUAAAUAUCUGGACAAGGAGAGUGAAAAUCAGGAAGAUGGGGAGGAGGCGGCGGGUACAGAAAGGCACCGGUUCUGUUCCCAGAGGAAGAACACUGUGGAGGAACAAAGGAGACUACAGAAGAGCUUCCUCUCCAGUGAUGUUCAGGAGUACACAGAGGAGCAUGGAGUUUUCCAGCUUUCCUACCAAGUCAAAAAGCGCAAGAAAUGUUUAGUAGCAAUGCCUGAUCAAGAUGAUGGAGAUGCUCUUUCUGGAGACAGUAUGGUUCCUGCUGUCUGUGAGUCCAUAGUGCCUGGGGACACUACACAAACCCCAGCUCUUUGUACCAAACCAUCAAAGUGGGAAAAAUUCCUCUCGUGUUCUGACAGCUACAGCAGAAGUGCUGCCAGGGUCACUUUGUUGCCACAGGAGGGCGGUGGAACGUUAGGGCUGCCCAGCACCACUGCAGCGGGUGCUGGUGUGGACAGUAUAUGCUCAGAACAGGCUGGACGAACUCUGCCUCCAGGUACAGGUUUUGAAUUUAAAAAGCAUGUUGCUAGCACUGAGCAAGUUGCCCUGAAACUGCCUGGCACCCCUCUGCCCAGCAGCAGUUGCUCAGUUGUGGAAGAGGUACUCAAAGAACCUCUGGGCCAGUUGCUAAGGGUGGGAUCUGGGGUUUCAGAAACCACUGCAGGCAGGCGCUGCUUGGACAGCCCUAGGAGAGCAGACAACCUUGCUGACUACACCACCAGGCCAAAGCCUAGCAAUGUUUCUCGGGAACGCCUCUUCUGCACAGGUGAUGAAUUUGAUGAUGAUAUCUGAGGAGUGGAGGCAUCUUUGGCAUAGCUUUCUUGUUUGUCCCUACAAUAUAUUUGUUGAGUAUUUUGACCUGAAAAUGGCCUUGUAGAACUGCACUUAUUAAAGUUGUUUACUUGCUUUACGGCUGCGGUUGUGGGAAGGAGAUGAGAGCAGAAGAGACUUGCAGCAGGCAAGUACUAGAGUUACAGAGCGUUGUCCAGCAACCUCAUCAGCCAGAAAUAAGAAUGGAAGUAGGUCAGCUUGCGGGGAGAAACAUCUAAGGCUCUUAAGGAUUCCUGGCCAGUAGUACAGUUAAACUCUUGAUUAAUUCCCCAUUACAAACUACCCCUCUUUUCCCCUGUGCUGCCUCUUUGUUUAGAUCUCCCGUAGCAACCCUUCCUUCCAGAGCUGCAGAGCCGACUUCAGAGCCAGCAAA